AUGUUUCAAGCCGAAGAUCUUUUUUGCACCGCUGGGCUCGGCCAACGUGCACGAUACACCGCGGGAAAGCCGGUUGGCGCACGAGACGGGUGGGCGCCAAUGUGCCAAUCGGGCUGGGGCCAGUCGAGCCACUCAGGCACGAAUACGCCGCAAUGGCAGGCGGCCGAUGGCAUUGGCAUAAGCAUGGGCACAAUAGCGAGGCUCAUGACAUGCGACGACGGCAAGGUUGCUGUUUACGGCGCGCGGUGGUGGGAAGAGUGGAUUGAAACGCAACCGCACAUAGGCGGAUUUUACAGUUUCGAGGAACUGCCAUCGGCAGAACCACGAAAUUCUAGCUGUGCGUCUGGCAAGUUAUUGAACCGAACAGUAAACGGCACAUUAGAUUGUCCCAAUUCAGCUAUUUUGCUCGGUCGCAUAGAAUUUCCAGGCCGCAGCCUAUUGUCUCAUGCAUCGUAG